UUAUUAUUUAGGGAGAAUAUUGAAACUUUGUCAAGACGGCAUCGUUUAACUAUUUCUCCCCAUCAACGAACUCCUCGUUAUUUUUCCACGGUUGAAGUCAGAAAUUGGGCAAAAUCAGAUCAAACUGUUAUAUUCAGGUUACAGUGUUGAUUCCACUGGUUUCUGAGAAGUGUCACUAUGAGUGAUUGUAGUAAAAGUGAAUCUGCUCUUGAAAAUGAGAAUCAUGUUGCUGAAAGUAGUGCUGUUCGGAAAAAGAUUGUCUACAUAUGGGAUAUGGAUGAGACACUAAUAUUGUUGAAGUCGUUGUUGGAUGGUACAUAUGCAGUAGCAUUUAGUGGUGUGAAGGAUGUACAGAAGGGCGUUGAUAUUGGAAAGAUGUGGGAAAAAUUUAUCCUUGAUGUUUGCGAUGAUUAUUUCUUCUAUGAACAAAUAGAACAAUGCAAUGAGCCUGUGAUUGAUGCUUUGAGCCCGUACGAUGACGGGGCUGAUCUCUCUAAUUAUGAUUUUAGCCAAGACAACAUUGGUUCUCCAACAGAUGACAUCAACAAAAGAAAGCUUGCUUAUCGUCAUAGGAUCAUAGCGCAGAAGUAUAAACAGGGCUUGCAUACUAUACUUGACCAGAAGAAAAUUGAACUUUGGAAUAAUCUAUAUGAGAUUACCGAUAGUUACACUGAUGGAUGGCUAUCCUCUGCACGGACCUUGCUGCAACAUUGCUCAGGUGAUAGAGAAUUGGUAACCACUGGAUGUGAAGAGUUCCAAUGCAUUAAUAUCUUAGUGACUGCUGGAUCACUGAUUCCGAGCCUAGUCAAAUGUUUACUAUUUAAAUUGGACAGCUUGUUAACUUGUGAAAAUAUAUAUAGUGCAUGGGACGUAGGGAAGCUUCGUUGUUUCUCAUGGAUCAAGGAGCGCUUUGGUGGACCCGAUGUUCAGUUCUGUGUGAUUGGGGAUGGAUGGGAAGAGUGUGAAGCUGCCGAGUUUCUGAGGUGGCCGUUUGUGAAAAUUGACCCAAAACCAGACGGCCACCACAGGUUUCCUGGCCUCACUAGAGAAACCGUAGGCCAUUAUCUCGCUGUUGUCUAUGGACGUCCUGAUGCUGAAACUGAAGAUCAAGACACCACAUCCUCUACGACGUAGAAAGCUUUUAUGAGAUCUAUUCUUGUACAGAUCAGGUCUAUGUGUUAGCAAAUUGUAACAACGUAAGAAUUUGAUGAUUUCGUCCACCAACAUUUCUUCAUUUUUUCAGUAUUGAGCAUUUGGGUAUAUUUCCUUUUC